UGUGUUUUCCAGGUUCAUUUCAAGCAUUCUGAGUGUGGUGCUGUGAGAGAUGCUGUUGUCUAUGAGAGGCUGGGAUUAUCAUGAUCAAGUGCUGUAUUUUGAUUUCAUCCAGUGGCUGAGAGAUUUGUGGGGUAAAGAGGAAGUACUGGACUUUUAAAAGUAUUAAACAGGCCCGUGACGGAGGGUUAGCCCAGAUCAGUGGAGUCAUGCGUCACACAGCUCUAUCAUGCUGGCAGCCGUUCCUGGGUCUGGCUGUGCUGCUAAUCUUCACAGGCCCCACCAUGGGCUGCCCGGCCCGCUGUGAGUGCUCGGCACAGAACAAGUCUGUCAGCUGUCACCGAAGGCGUCUGAUGUCCAUCCCAGAGGGCAUUCCCAUUGAGACCAAAAUCUUGGACCUCAGCAAGAACCGACUGAAGAGUGUAAACCCUGAGGAAUUCACAUCGUACCCUUUGCUGGAGGAGAUUGACCUCAGUGACAAUAUUGUCUCCAAUGUGGAGCCUGGAGCCUUUAACAAUCUCUUCAACUUGCGCUCCCUCCGGCUGAAAGGAAACCGUCUGAAGCUGGUCCCCCUUGGGGUGUUCACUGGGUUAUCAAACUUAACAAAGCUUGAUAUAAGUGAAAACAAGAUUGUCAUUUUGCUGGACUACAUGUUCCAAGAUCUGCAUAACCUUAAAUCCUUGGAGGUUGGGGACAAUGAUUUGGUGUAUAUAUCACACAGGGCCUUCAGUGGGCUGCUUAGCUUGGAGCAGCUCACCCUGGAGAGAUGCAACCUCACAGCCGUACCAACAGAAGCUCUUUCUCACCUCCACAACCUCAUCAGUCUGCAUUUGAAACAGCUCAACAUUAACGCUUUGCCGGCGUAUGCCUUUAAAAGACUGUUUCGCCUGAAAGACCUACAGAUAGAGGCCUGGCCCCUCCUGGACAUGCUGCCUGCCAACAGCUUGUACGGUCUCAAUCUUACUUCUCUCUCCAUCACCAACACCAACCUGUCUGCUGUACCUUACUCUGCUUUUAAGCACCUGGUUUACCUGACACAUCUCAACCUCUCUUACAACCCCAUCAGCACCAUCGAAACAGGCAUGCUGUCAGAUUUAGUGCGCCUGCAGGAGCUCCACAUGGUGGGGGCCCAGCUGCGCACCAUUGAACCACACGCUUUCCAAGGGCUCCGAUUCUUACGUGUGCUUAACGUGUCCCAAAACCUGCUAGAAACCCUAGAAGAGAAUGUAUUCCAUUCCUCCAAAAGCCUUGAGGUCCUCUGUAUUAACAACAACCCUCUGGCCUGUGACUGCCGUCUCCUUUGGAUUUUGCAGCGGCAGCCCACCUUGCAGUUCGGGGGUGAGCCACCGAUGUGUGCUGGCCCAGACAGUGUAAGAGAGAGGUCAUUCAGAGACUUUCACAGCACAGCUCUUUCCUUUUACUUCACCUGCAAGAAACCCAAGAUACAAGACAAGAAGUUGCAGUACCUGGUGGUGGAGGAAGGCCAGACAGUGCAGUUGAUGUGCAAUGCUGACGGGGACCCACAGCCUACCAUAUCCUGGGUUACCCCACGUCGGAGGCUGAUCACAACUAAAUCAAAUGGUAGAGCCACGGUGCUGGGAGAUGGCACUCUGGAGAUCCGAUUUGCUCAAGACCAGGACACUGGGAUCUACGUCUGUAUUGCAAGUAACGCAGCUGGGAAUGACACCUAUUCGGCCUCCCUUAUGGUAAAGGGGUUUACUUCAGAUCGUUUCCUUUAUGCCAACAGGACCCCUAUGUAUAUGACAGACUCCAACGACACAAGUUCCAAUGGAACUAAUGCGAACAGCUACUCUCUGGACCUUAAGACAAUAUUGGUGUCCACAGCUAUGGGCUGUUUCACAUUCCUUGGAGUGGUUUUAUUUUGUUUCCUUCUUCUUUUUGUUUGGAGCCGAGGGAAAGGCAAACACAAAACCAGCAUUGACCUUGAAUAUGUCCCUCGCAAAAACAAUGGUGCUGUGGUUGAAGGGGAGGUUUCUGGACCACGACGGUUCAAUAUGAAAAUGAUUUGAUGGUAUUCUGCUAGCAGUGCUUUUUCUGUGGCAUUAAAAUCUAUUAAAACAGCCUGGCAUGUGGAAUCGCUGGGCAAAAGCAGCUUAAUGCAGCUGUCAGUGUAUCAAAAGGUUGUAGGAAAAUGGAAAGACUAUUUGUGGUUAUACAACAGAGCCUCCAGACCUUGAGGCAGAUGUGUCAGGGCCUUUCAUAGAACUGGGAAAUUGUACUAACUGUUUGCAUUGCAAAUAUUGGCAUUCUGGGGAUAUCAGCAAUGAACCACUGGCUCAUGCUCAUGGACAAUUGUUCAACAUUUUCUACUGCUACAAAAGAAAAAAGAAAAAAAACAAACAAAAACCUACAGUGUAGGAUUUACAUACUUAAAGAAAAAGACACAUUUGUCUAAAACAUACUCUACAGUGACAUUUGUAUCUAUAUAUCUCAUUUGGUAAAACUUUGCAUCCUCCCUUCUAGUUGGUUCAACACCACAAAAAAAUUAGUAGUUUUUUUUCUUUUUAAUCUACAUCUAUACUGUGUACAUUUUAAAGCAAUACAAAUGAGAGGUUGUGCUUUUAGAUAUCCACCAAUACUGACCCAAGUGUGAUGUCACCCUUCUUUUAACUACCAUCAAACUUAAAUUAGAUUCUUGUAGUUACUAAUUAGAAAUUACAUAAGGUAUUUUUCUCCUCAUAUAGAAGGCCAGAGCUGAAUAAUUGAGAGUAAAAACAAUCAACUCUGUCGAUCUUCUCUUCGUAUAAAUAUAAGGCACGUGCCUAGUUUUGAUACAGAAUGGAAUAUUUUUUAUAUCUGUGAUAUCACACUGGACCAGUUUACUGUAACAUAGCCCUGGCUCUCACCCAGGGAAGGCAACCCACUAGUCAAUGCUGGCAUAGAGGAGUUGAGUUCUACCUUGAAGAGAGAGAAUCGGUUUUGUUAGCCCUGAUUUUAAUUUCAAAGCUACUGUUAAAAUGUUAAUGUGUACUGGGCAAAAUAAAGAGCAUAAUACAUUCUGCAGACUCCUUGGGAAAUAUGGUCAUCUUACUAUUUAUACAAAUGUAUCAAAACAUACAAACACUCUGCUACUAGGAAUGAACUCUUCUCCAAUGCCAAGUAAACUACAGUUGUUCAUGCAUAAUAUGGGGAUUAUAAUACUAAAAUAAUGAUUAAAACAUGAUAGCCUCAAAAAGGCUAACACUGCCAGAUAUAAUGAACCUCUAGCCACUGUCAUUCUCAUCUUGUAUAUUUGUAGAUAACACAUAGACACAAAGCUAAUUUCCAAGAACAGAUUACUUAGCUAUUCUUGAUGCCAUUUUAAUAACGAUGUGGUUAUGUUUCUUUCAGGGGCAGUAUCUUAGAGCAAGAGGGGUGAGUUAUUCCAGAUUUUAGAAAUCAUUUUUAAUGGAGAGAAGUCAGAAGUGGAAUAUUAGUUCAGUACAAGUAAUCUUUUGUUUGUUUUAUGUCUCUAAACAAAUUCUCAAAAGAUUGAGAACUAAAACUUUAUUCUUAAUCAUUAAUAUCACUAUUCCUAUUUUGAAAUUCUCAGCAAUUGCAAGAUACGAAGUUGUUCAUCACUUCUCCUUUUUCCAGCAAUUAGGAACCAUAAGUUUGUCCUACAUGGCUGAUAACAAAUACAAUUUUUCAAUGAUUGGCAUAACCUGGAGUAAGGAUAACAAUGACUAUAUAUAUAUAUUUAAUCAAAAAGAAUAUGAAAAUAUUAUAAGACAGAACAUUCGGAUUAGUGUGAUUUAAGAGCCCAUGUCCAAUCUUAAUAUUAGAUUUCAGCACUUUGAAACCAAAGUCAGGCUGACCUAUAAUGGAAUGCAGGUGCUUCUAAAAUUAGUAUCCACAUUCUUUGGCAGAGAUUUUCAAAGCAGGAUAACGAUCUCCUGCUCCUAUCAAGGGAAAUGUGCCAAAAGUUGUACAAUCCAGCUGUGCUCCCCAGAUGUACCCAUAACAAAGCUGCCGGACCCAAGGCUAGACAAUUUUGAGAAUCUCUUUUCUUAGUGGUUGGUAUUUAGUUGCAUAGUUGUUCCAUUUUAUGUUGCCAAACUGAGGAGGUUGCAAGGGUAGUUAGAAUUUUGUUCACUUAAGUUGAUUUUAAGUUUAGAGCUGUGUUUUCUUGUUUCCUUUUUUUUUUAUGCUCUGAACUAGAUAAGUGAAGAUUUAUAGAGAUGCUUGAUCAGAAUACUCUUUGUUCUAUGACAGUUUGUAGAACAUUAAUAUAAUGGAAUAACCCCUGACUAAAUUCUAACACCAGGGAAAUUAUUUUUGUUGAUGAAAUAACCACUGCACUGACGUCCAAAACUCUACUGUACCUUAAUGUGGGCAGUUAAAGAAACAAAUGGGGAUAAAAAAAAUGUUUCUGAACUGUCCAUUGAAGACAUUUGCAUGUGCCUUUCCCUUGUAAUUGUCAUUUUUUCAACUAGUAAUCCAUUGCCCCUGCAGUCAUUUCAUGUUAAAUGUUAAAAUCAAUGUUAGAAGCAAAAAGUCUCCUAAGUUCUAGACAUUUGCAGCUGAUUUCUUCAUAUUAAAUGACACAAUGAAAAAAAUUCUAAAAAAAAAAAAAAACAGAAAAAAUGUACUUUUAGGAUUAAUUAUGAAUUGCUGUAUUCCCUUAUUCCCUUAGAAUGAUUCUUAAGUGAUUGCAUUGUUAGUGCACUGCAAGGAUUUGUGAGCAGAAAUAUGCUUAGUUACCUAUGUGAAAUGUGUGCUGGUGAUGAAAAUCACCACUUGCUGUUGCUGAGCACCACCUUGCAGAUCUGUCAACGUUCUGUGUAUUGCCUUGAGUUCAGUCAGUAUUCAGUUUUUCAGAAUCAGUGUUUGCUUCCUGCCUCUAGUGAUGUUCUUCUUUUUGCAGCCUACUUAUUUCAGCAUGGACUUGACAAGGCAUAUGGCAUCUCUUAACAGAAGUGAGGACAGCAAGACUCAGAGACACACUUUUUAUCUUGCUCCACACAGUCUCCUUUUUUAUGUAUCUGUGGGAUACACACUCACUGUGGCUCUUUUGGGUGGAUAAGGAAUACAGUGCCAAGGUCGCACCUAGAUAAGCACCUUUCUGGCAAUUCUUUUAAGAACAGAAUGGCUGAAUGCCUACGUGCUUCUUGAAGGAGUCACUUCUACUUCUCUGCUAGAGAUAAAGGGGACACCACAGUUUAUUUUACUGCAGGGGAGAAAAAGGAGUGGGCUGUGAGGAGGCAUCUGACCCACAUGGCUCCCCUAUCAUAUAUUCAGAGACAGGUGGAUAGUGCAUACCUGGUACUAAAAGUGGGAACAAAGAUUUUAAGCUACCUCUGACUUUUGUACAGGCUGGCCCCCAUGCUGGCACAAGCCUGAACUUACCUGGCAGUCAGUGCAAGAAAACUCUGAGGAGCAGCAACAGUUCUGCAGAAAUGGAAAAAGCAGAAAAUGUCAAAACCAGCAAAGGAACUUGAGAAAGCAGGUACCAAAAUAUCCUUGUCAUAAUUCCUUUAAGAGAAUGCUUGAGCCUCCCACAAAUAUGUUUUGAAGUCCACUUUCACAGACUAGUACUCUUCUUUCAGAAUAGAUGAAUGUACAAGUAUUUACAGAAUCACACUGAAUCAUGGAAUUAUUUAGGUUGGAAAAGAUCUCCAAGAUUAUCAAGUCCAACCUUUGACCUUGUCAAUUAGACCAUGACACUAAGUGCUACACCCAGACAUUUACUGAACACCUCCAGGGAUGGUGACCCACCACCUUCCCGGGCAGUGUAUUUCAAUGUUUAACAAAUAUUUCUGUGAAGAAAUUCUUCCUGACGUCCAACCUGAACCUCGCCUGGCACAGUGUGAGGCUAUGCUCUCUCAUUCUGUAACUUAGUUGCCAGGGAGAAGAGACCGA